UUUCUAUCACAAAGGAAGUAUUACUUAAGGAGUGAGAUUUAGGCGAAGUAGGAGUUAAAGCAGGACUGCCAACUAUUUUUGGAUUGUUGUUGCUGAAAAGACAGAGAGAACGAUUUUAAAAAGACCAGGAGGAAGGAUCAGGGACAGCGGGGUUCGUUACAGUGUUACUGUUAUAAAUGCUAUUUGAGAAGAAGGCUGUAGAACUGGUCUUCGAGUAGACGAGGAAGCUGCCUGUGUUCAGUUGAACUCUACUGCCCCAGCAAUCGUACGUAGGUGACGUCACAUAAACACAAUUGUAUUUAAACGUCAGCUUGCGCCUUUUAGCUAUACUUAUCGCACUAACGACAAAUGAUUGCACGCAGAAUUGUGAUUCAAGGACUUCACUCAUCCAGAAUGCAGUGGGCUUAUCUAUUCACAUUGACAACUUUCGCAGUAGCCUAUUGUUACCCUGCGUUACCAUGCCUCACUCAAGAUGGCUACUGCACUGAAUUGCAGUGUGCCAUUAAGCAACCUGACGACUGUAUUAAUGGACACUUCAAACCAAAUGUCAGUGACUGUGGAUGUUGCCCAUCAUGUAUAAAAUUCUUAGAUCGCGGUCAGCCGUGCCAUCAAGUCGAGAUACCAGCAGAAUAUGAAUGUGGUGCAGAUCUAGUAUGCAGUGAAAGAACUGGAACGUGUGUUCCUCCGUCUGCUGAAACUCCACUGGUGGAGGAGGCAUCCAAGGGAUCAAACCAACCAAAUAUGCCAUGCAUGGAAGCAGUAAAAUUGCAUCCUAAGAAACCCCCUGCAUGCACACCUGAAGGUGCCUAUGCCCCCAGACAGUGUCGCGGUGAGGUGUGUUUCUGCGUCACGCUUGACGGAAGACCGAUACCCUACUACAAGGUCAUCAGGAAGCUUGCCGAUUCUAUGGAGUGCAAUUGCGCCAGAGUCGAGAUUGCUAGGAACAAUGGUCGCAUGUGCAACAAGCUGGGAAACUUCAAACCUCAGUGAAUAAUUAUGCAAAGUGACGGAGAAACUACAAUACUUCUGUUGGAAACCACUCGUCUGCUGGUACUGAAUGAAAAGAAAUAGGAUAUAUUCACGCUGCCAUUGAUGGUCAUUACCCAGAAAACAAGUUGAUGCUUAUAAAGAGAACAUGCAUAAUAUAUCAGUGUAAAUAGUGAUCGUAGCCUGCGUCUGAAACACACACACAUAUAUAUUCACUGGUCGAUAUUUAAAAUAAACUUUCCAAGAUAUUUACAUCACUUUAAUUGUGAACUGACAUUACAUUCUACCCAAAAAUUUAGCCGAGACUCUAAUAUUAAACAUAAGGAGAUUUGUCCAACCAGAUGUAGAGAUAGGGGGAUACAGUUGAGAUAUGUGAACUUGAAAGACUCCACGAUCCAGAACUUCCGUCAUAAUUAGCCAACAAACAUUUAAUACACAUAAAAGUUUGUCUAUAACAAAUUAGAAGCAUUAAAGCAAAAGAGAGCAUUCCGCUCACGUCUUUCUUGUUCCUUUAUAUAAGACGCAUUAGCUGCUACUGAUCAGCACAACUGUACACAAAUAAAUUGUUUGUAUAUGCAA